CGAUUUGAGUAUAAGCAAGGCUUCAAGAGUGCAGAAUUCAUUACCUCGAGAAUGUGUUUUCAUCGAUUCAAGUGACCCCUCGUUUCCUAAUCAAUUAAUUAACAACAACAGUGAACAAACAUUCAAACCUCCAUUUCCUCCUACUAUCAAUCCUCAUGACUUGAUAGAAAAACGAUCUGAUGGACGAACUCCUGCUAGAGCUCCAAACUCUUUCAUUGUUUAUCGAAAAGCGUGCGUCGAGGCGGCACGCGAAAAAGGUUAUUAUUUACCAAUGACUGUCAUUUCCUCAAUUGCUUCCAAAUCGUGGGAACAAGAACCCGAGGUGGUAAAAAAUGAGUAUAUGAGAAUUGCACGAGAAGCCAGCAAAUAUCAUAGUGAGAUUUAUCCGAAAUCUUACAGACGAAAAAAACGUGAAAAAUGGAAUAUCGUCUCGUUCCAACAGUCAAAUCGAUCUGGCACACCUUCAACAAACAAUUCGACUCAAUUACCUCAAUUACCUCAAUCCUCUGGCUCGGAAAAACUUCAUACAGUCGAUGUCAUACCUUCGAGCUUUUCACCAUCGGGGAGUCUCCGGUCUUCUGAAAUCGUCUAUGAGCCAUCGAAUAUGUUCCAAACUCUAAAUUUUCGUAAUACAAUCAAAAAUUCGCGUAGGAGUCAUGAUUUUUACAAUCAAACCAUCUGCCCAAGUCCUGAUCCUCCAUUCGAUUAUGAUCACCGACAAAUAGUUGAUACGAAUGUUUCAAAAGCACAAUUAUCUUCUGAAUUCCUUCGAUUAGAUAUAGCACAUCAAUUUGGUAGGACAGCAUAUCCAAGCCCUGAUGUAAAUUCUGAUGAUUCUCUUGAAAUUCCUAUUUCAAAUUUGAUGCCUUUACCCGGCGUGGCAUUAACUCAAACUCCUCCAAUUAGUGUUGAAAAUGAAUCUGAUAAUGCCACAAAUCUGUUCAACUAUACCAUGGCAAACUGGUUUAAUCAAUCAUGGCAAGACAAUCUACAAGAAUGUAACAAUCCUUUAGAUGGAACCUAUGACGAUGGUAUCAAUUUUAAUGCAUUUGGUAUCUCCUUUUCGAAUAUAUCAGAUGCUUUGACCGAUAAUAUUCAAUCUGAAAAGGAUAAAUAUAUUCCAUGA